AUGGAUUCCGAUACCGAGUUCUCCAGGCUUUCUACAAGAGACCUGGAAACCAUAAGUGAUUACUUCAAAAUCGAGCACGAAUUCAUGGCUCCUAGGUCGUUUUACUCAUUAUCAUCCAACUGUGAGAAUCGGAUGCAGGCGGUUUCGAUAAUAGCUAAGGUCGCUGCCACUGAACCUUUGGAUGCGUACAUUCCAUAUGUUGCAGUGAAUUACUUCGAUCGCUUUGUUUCAACGAAUUCCCUUACAGAAUUAGAAGGGUCUUCUUUACUUGAUAAAGUUCGUUUGGUUGCAAUAUCUUGCUACACACUUUCCGCCAAGAUGAGGACAAAGCAUUUCCUACAUAAGCAAUUUCUGACGAGAAAAGAAGCUGUUUACAAAACCGACAUCGUAAUGAGAAUGGAAUUUCGCAUUCUCAGCGGACUUGACUGGCGAAUGCGAUCUAUAACUCCCUUUCACUUCCUGGACUACUAUUAUCCCACCUUCAAAAGAGUAGGUGGUUUUAAACGCCAAUCCAUUAAUGAGAUCAUAGUCCAGUCUCAAGGAGAGGUCUACUUCGCUCAAUUCAAACCUUCUGAAAUAGCAUUGUCGGCUUUAGUGGCUGCUACUUACCUUGGCUAUUCCUCAAUAUUUACCUAUAUUGAGGGAUCAAUUCACCUUACGGAGAAUCAUAUUGCCUGUUAUCAAGAGAUGGUUAAUCUUUGUCGUAAUAGGAAAAUCAACAUACGUAAAAGUUCUGAAGAAGUUAUCUUUCCUGGUAUUCCCUCCUCAUCGACAACGGAAUCAGAAGAAGGAUUAGGAAAAGCAGCUGAAUUACAAGUACAAAAACAAAGACGGAGCUCGCCGAUUCCCAUUUUGAACACGGUGUUGGAAAAUGAUGAAGAAGAAGAAGAAGAUGUAGCACUGUUAAACCUCCGAAAACCGAAUAGGAACGAGGAAGCGGUGGAGGCACCUAAAGAAGUUGCAGAAGGUAAGAGCGAGGCUGAGAAACUACAAGAGGUGAAGGAAAGUGAAGCGAGAGUAGCAGGUAUAUCUGAAGAGAAAGAAGUAGAAUCUGGGACCGGAGCAAAACAGGACAAGGGCAAAGGGAAAUCUGAAGAAAUGGUAGAAGCUGAGAGCGGAAAAAGAGAUGACGAGUCCAAGGGGCCCUGUGAUAAAAGAGCUGAGAGCAGCAGAGACAAGGGCAAGGCUGUAGAAGAAGCAAGCGAGACUGUAGAAGAAGAAAGCGAGGAUUGGUUGCGAAAAAGAAAGAUAAAGGGCAAAGACAAGGUUGUAGAUGAAACAAUAUUGAGAUCAGAAACAAUAUUGAGAUCAGAGACAGGUGUAGAGGGUGCACCAUUGACGACAAUGAACUUUCAGAUGAAGUGGCCUGUUAUUGUGCGGCCAGGUGAGAAAGUUGACAACAUAGAUCCUAGCCUACAUAUAGAUGAAUCCAGCACGGCAACCACUCGAUGUCCUAGAACAAUAAGAGGGAGCGACUUCGUUCUACCUCUACUUUCCGACCGUUGUCGGUGCAAAAUCAUGUAGAAGAGCAAAAAAUAAAUUCUACAGCUAAAUAAAAAAAGUGAAGAUAAGACACUCAACACAACUGCUGUCAAGUAAGUAUUUUGACGUACUUAGGUCUAGAUUAGGAAACUGUUUGCGGAUUGUGCAAUAUUUUGAUUGUUCUGUGUGCUGAUUCUGAUUAUAGGGCGGCAUUACACAGCAAGCGGUUCCCAGGAUUAUGUUUAAUUCUCCAUAAUUGAUUUUCCAAAGAUACUAUGACCAUUGUUUUCUGGUCCUUAAAAACCGUAUAACCCUCUUCUAU